AUGGGGCCUUGUUAAUCUUAAUCUAAAUUGAAAUCAAGUAAAAAUUUGCAACAACCAACUUUAAUUCGAAAAACCGACCAAGUGCUCACAAAUAACAACCCUUCAUUGAUUCUUCCAAGUUUUUCUCCUAACCCAGAAGUUAUUAGCGAACCUUAUGACGAUACUAAAAAGAGUCUGUCCUAACUUAAGGUUUAUAAAUUCUCAUACUAACGAUUUUACAGUGAAAUCACAUAAGGUAACAUGAAAUGUAUGAAUAUUUGUUUAAUUAAAUAAGUGUCAUCAAAUUAGAAGUUGGUUCAGCAUAAUCUAACUGGUAAAAUUAGAGUAGUGGAACAAUAUGAAAGGAAUCAAUAAAAUGAAGAAUUUAUCACUCAAUUGAAAUGUUAUCCUCUGGUAAUAAAUAAAACAUAAUUAUUAUAUAGGAUAACCCUCGAAUUGUUAAUGUGCAUGAAUUAUAUAUUGAUGAGGAAUCCUUNGGAAUUGGAUUGAAACUACUUAAAUUAUCAAAUGAAAGUAUUCAAGAGAUUUAUAUGGGAUCUAAUACAAUAUUCUGCUUUUCUUAAAAUGGUCAUUUAAUAUUUAUUCAAUGA